AUAAGCUAAAAGUUUUGUGCAGCAGAACGCGUUUUGCUGAUCCUUCGGACGUUCAUGCUGUUCUUGUGAUUGGCAAUCUGGAUCCAAUUUUAGCGGAAAAGGCCUGUGACGCAUGAAAACGGAAUCCCACCUUCACUCGCACCGCCAUCGCUAAGCAGCAGAACUUUUCAUGGCAUUCCGCUUGUGUCAGUCGAGCAUGCAGUAAAUCAAUGUCAACGUGUGCAAGCCGGGGCAGAUACGUGCGAAGAACAACUACUACGCAGCCCAUUCGUCCAUUGUCAAGAUCUACGUCUCCAGCUCGAAAUGCAUAGAGUGACGGCACAUGAGCGGGAGGCCAUGGUCGUGGGUUCGUUUAGAAAUGAGGUCAUGGCAGGGCUUCUCACACUGCAACGAGGACCACCGAAUCAGUGAGGUUGGAGGUGCUGCGUGCGGGCAGGAGGUAGUUACCAAGAGUCUUUCGGACAUGCUAAUGAGCAAGAGUGGUGACCUGAUCGAGCUCAGCGGAUUUAGGGUAUACUUCAUCCUUGACAUCGAGAUUUUUCCCUCGCACGAAUUCUUCGUACAGUUUGCUACAAAUAGUUCUACGACGCCCUGUUGCCACAAAACUGAAGUGGAAGAAAUCGUAGUCGAAGAGUUUUUCAUCAAGCUCUCCGAAAGCAUGAUAUGCAUUUCAAUCGCACGGGAAUUAAUGACGCUAAUGGCCCCAAGCAGUCCAAGGAUUCUUCACGCAAUCUACGGAUUCUUCGCAAGAUUCUCAUGCGCGUCUCUUACAUUUACGAUCUUAAUUAGGGAAAGAUUCUGAUGUUCGCUGACCCCGAUGCCUCAUGUACAUAGCCGAGCCCCAAAUUCUUCCACGAGGAAGGGAAUGUUCUGCAAGAUGGGGCCUGUACGUCGAGUCUAGUGAUCCUAAUGCCACCUUUCGGAACAGCACUUCAAUAACAACGAACAGUAAUCACAUGCCUUCCUCAUGAAGCCUACGAAAUUGUGCGAGAUAAUUUGUAAUGAUAGUACAAUCCGGCGAGUGAGUACAGUUCUGUGACGCUUUAGCACAGGCCUAAUUAUGGCCUAAGGCGGGGUACCACCAACCCGAACACAAUUCACAUGUUCUUGCUGCACUUCUCUUCGUACUUCUUCCGUUUAUCCACAUUCGAAAAAGUGGAGUGUCUUCAGAUUUGUACACAAAGUGGUGACCCCAUUCUCUGGGAGAAACGCAGAGGCUGUUUUCUGUUACGAAGUAUGUGCAGGCACGAAUUUAGUUUUACUUCCAUCUCGCUCUCUGCAGAGAAUCUAUCAAUCAUCAAUUAAUC